GCGUCACCCUCACGCGACCUCAUCUUUGUCAGUGCACAAAAUGGCGUCGUACGGCCUGCUGGUCACCCGGCUGCAGAAGGCCCUGGGCAGCGGGGUCCGGCGCUACCAUGUGGCUUCCGUCAUGAGCCAGAGGGCCAAGGUGGCCAUGAGCCACUUUGAGCCCAGCGACUUUGUCCGCUAUGAGCUGCUCGAGAAGAACAUCAACAUCGUCCGCAAAAGGCUGAACCGGCCCCUGACCCUGUCGGAGAAGAUCGUCUACGGGCACCUGGACGACCCCGGGAACCAGGAGAUCGAGCGGGGCAAGACGUACCUGCGGCUGCGGCCCGACCGCGUGGCCAUGCAGGACGCCACGGCCCAGAUGGCCAUGCUGCAGUUCAUCAGCAGCGGGCUGCCCAAGGUGGCCGUGCCCUCCACCAUCCACUGCGACCACCUCAUCGAGGCCCAACUCGGGGGCGACAAGGAUCUCCGGAGAGCCAAGGACAUCAACCAGGAGGUGUACAACUUCCUGGCUACGGCCGGAGCCAAGUACGGAGUGGGUUUCUGGAGGCCCGGAUCCGGCAUCAUCCACCAGAUCAUCUUGGAAAACUACGCCUACCCCGGCGUCCUGCUGAUCGGCACGGAUUCCCACACCCCCAAUGGCGGCGGCUUGGGCGGCAUCUGCAUCGGCGUCGGUGGGGCGGACGCGGUGGACGUCAUGGCGGGGAUCGCCUGGGAGCUCAAGUGCCCAAAGGUGAUUGGCGUGAAGCUGACCGGAUCCCUGUCGGGCUGGAGCUCUCCCAAGGAUGUGAUCCUGAAGGUGGCGGGCGUCCUCACGGUGAAAGGUGGCACGGGGGCCAUCGUGGAGUACCACGGGCCCGGUGUGGACUCCAUCUCUUGCACUGGCAUGGCGACGAUCUGUAACAUGGGCGCAGAGAUCGGUGCCACCACCUCGGUUUUCCCGUACAACCACAGGAUGAAGACCUACUUGAAUAAGACGGGUCGCACUGACAUCGCCAAGCUGGCCGACGAAUUCAAGGAUCACUUGGUGCCCGACCCUGGCUGCCAGUAUGAUCAAGUGAUUGAAAUUAACCUCAACGAGCUGAAGCCACACAUCAACGGACCCUUCACCCCCGACCUGGCCCACCCCGUAGCCGACGUGGGGGCCGUGGCCGAGAAGGAGGGCUGGCCCCUGGACAUCCGAGUGGGGCUGAUUGGCAGCUGCACCAACUCGAGCUACGAGGACAUGGGGCGGUCGGCCGCCGUGGCCAAGCAGGCGCUGGCCCACGGCCUCAAGUGCAAGUCUCAGUUCACCAUCACGCCCGGCUCCGAGCAGAUCCGGGCGACCAUCGAGAGAGACGGCUACGCGCAAAUCCUUCGGGACGUGGGCGGUAUCGUCCUGGCCAAUGCCUGUGGCCCUUGCAUCGGCCAGUGGGACAGGAAAGACAUCAAGAAGGGAGAGAAGAACACCAUCGUCACGUCCUACAACAGGAACUUCACCGGCCGCAACGACGCCAACCCCGAGACGCACGCCUUCGUGACUUCCCCCGAGAUCGUCACGGCCCUGGCCAUCGCCGGCACCCUGAAGUUUAACCCGGAGACGGACUUCCUCACGGGCAAAGACGGCAAGAAGUUCAAGCUGGAGGCCCCCGACGCCGACGAGCUGCCCAGAGCGGAGUUUGACCCCGGCCAGGAUACGUACCAGUACCCCCCCAAGGACGGCAGCAGCCAGCGGGUGGACGUGAGCCCCACCAGCCAGCGCCUGCAGCUCCUGGAGCCCUUCGACAAGUGGGACGGCCGCGACCUGGAGGAUCUGCAGAUCCUCAUCAAGGUCAAAGGCAAGUGUACCACAGACCACAUCUCGGCCGCCGGCCCCUGGCUCAAGUUCCGCGGGCACCUGGACAACAUUUCCAACAACCUGCUCAUCGGAGCCGUCAACGUGGAGAACGGCAAGGCCAACUCGGUCAGGAACGCCGUGACGCAGGAGUUCGGGCCCGUCCCAGACACGGCUCGCUACUACAAGAAAAACGGCAUCAAGUGGGUGGUGGUCGGGGAUGAGAACUACGGCGAGGGCUCCAGCCGCGAGCACGCCGCCUUGGAGCCGCGCCACCUGGGCGGCCGAGCCAUCAUCACCAAGAGCUUCGCCAGGAUUCACGAAACCAACCUGAAGAAGCAAGGCCUCCUGCCCCUGACCUUCGCCGACCCGGCUGAUUACAACAAGAUCCACCCCGUGGACAAGCUGACCAUCCAGGGCUUGAAAGACUUCGCUCCUGGCAAGCCCCUGAAGUGCAUCAUCAAACACCCCAACGGGAACCAGGAGACCAUCUCGCUCAACCACACCUUCAACGAGACCCAGAUCGAGUGGUUCCGGGCCGGCAGCGCUCUGAACAGGAUGAAGGAGCUGCAGAAGUGAAGCCCAGAGGACCCCCCAGCCGUCCCCCGCCCUUUCCCCAGGCCCCCCGCCGUCCCUCCCUCGGACUCAGCUCUGGCAUCAUUUACGGAAGUGCGACUCCACGCGCGUCGUCAGAAGUAGGUAUCUGAGCAAACGCACCCGUAGCUUCCCGGUGGUCACAGACACUCCUGCCCCCAACUCUCCACAAGACCUCCCCCGUCCUGGGCUCCCCUCCCGGAGCCCGGCAGAGCCCCGGUUGGUUUUGUUUCAUUCUGGUUCCCCCCGCGCCCCACCUCCCCACCCCUGACUUGUUUGGUUCUGACUGGAGCCGUAUUUAUUUUUGACGACAAGACUCCGUCGCAAGAGGCUUUUUUUCCUGCCUGAUUGUGUUCCCGGCGCCUGAAGGAUUUCGAACGUGAGAAUCUUAUGUUCUUGCAAGGGAAAUAAUGAGAUCCUGAUUCAGUGCCAGA